AUGGCGAGGAAAUCAGUGGAGAAGUAUGUGAUGAAGAAGUGAGAAAUCGGUGUACUCGUCCUUCUUCCGAAUCAAAUUCAGAAUCCAAGUUCCCGAAUUGAAAGGAGAAGCACUGUUCGGACUGCAUUCCGUUUUGGAAGCGACCAGAGCCCAGAAAAGAGAUUUUCACGCUGUGUACUUGAAAAAGACUAUCGAGUGGGCGAAAAAUAGGCUCUGCUCAACUUGAAAUAAAAAAAAACAAUUCCAGAAAAAGAGCGGGAAGCGACUCGAGAAUCAAAGAGAUUCUGACGAAACUAGACGGUUUGCACAUUGAAAAGACGUUGCUUUCGGACGAUCAGUUGGACAGACUCACCGAAUUCCAAUUGCACAACGUUUGUUUCAUCACGCAUUCAUGUCCAGAAAAUGAUUGGUUUCCAGGGCAUUUGCGUGGAUGCUUCUCCUCUAGAAUACGCAGACUUCGAAGCAAAAAACGUGUCAAUCUUUGUUGAUAAGGUAUUGGAUCCAGGGAAUCUCGGCGCAAUCGGAAGAAGUGCCUGGUACUUCGGAGCAGACGGAAUCGGAUUUGCGAAGGGAAGAGGGUGAGAGAAUACAUAUUGUUUCGAACUUCACAUUCAGUUCAGACCGAAAGCCAUAACUCCUUCAAUGAGCAAAUCUUCGUGCGGAGCUCUGGAGCAUCUUCCCGUUCAGCAGUUCAAAGACUUUCAUGAGUUCAGAGACGUUCGUACUGUUUUUUAAAAGUUUCAUUCCUCAAAAGCCUUUUCAGAAAAUCAAGACAAAUGGAGGAGAGAUCGUUGCCACAUGUGAUCCAUUGGCGGCCGAAAGGGCUGGUCUCAAAGCGAAAACACUCGACCAAUGGCAGCCUGCGAGGUCCGUCGGGAUAGUGCUCGGAGACGAGGGGAUCGGUAUCAGUCGGGGAGUUCUGCACCUCUGCGACACCAUCAUUUCGAUCGCUCCUGUCAGAACGGGCGGUUCGAACGUGACGUCAUUGAAUGUUUCAGUGGUAGCAGGUCCGCUUGUCCGACAAUCCCCUCCUCAAAUUCCCCUUCUGCAGGAAUUCUUCUCCAUCACAUUUCACUGUUCCGCAACCGUACAAAUUGAAUGAAACAAGCGGAGUCAUUUGGAGACGGCGUUCCGGAGUCCGGUCACAUUUGCACACCUGCGCCCCGAUAUUUUUAGUCGCCCCUCCUAUGUGUACUAUAUAUUCGAAUGACCGCUCCGAUCUGAUCCUCAGUAUCUCUUUCCCUUUCAUCAUGUUAUUAUUUUGCCUGUUAUUUUCCGCCGUUUUCGGAGAGUACAAAAUUUCCACCAAUGGCAGUGUGGAAAUUUGUUCGAAUGGAGCGAAACCGGGAAGUUGUGGGUGAUUCUGAAGUGGUUCUGAAAUAGAGUGAGCACGUUUUCCAGCGUGUCAUCUGGUCCCCUCCAGUGGAUACGAAUGCACCUCUUCCAAUUCUUCCACGAAUUGGUGUGAGAACUUCAAUGGAACCUACAAAUGUUGUGAAAAAUCAAUGAGAAAAUGUCAAGACAGAAGCGCAUUCUGCAAGUUGACUAGACAUUUAUGCAAGAGUAGAACUGACUUUCGAACGAUGAAAUCGAAAUGCGAAGCUACGUGCGGCUUCUGUGGACUCGACAGUUUCGACCAAGCCGAGCGAAUGGAGAAGCGGCUGGAAGAAGUGGCGAGCGGUCAGGAGUGCGAUCUGCCGAGGAAGUGCGUCUUCCCGAGGGAGAAGAUGCUCAACUCGACCGAGAAUUCCGCAAGCGCCACUCUGGUGAUCGAUCCGAUUGUGGCCUAUCGGGCCAAAUUAAAAUGGAAUACCACAUCCGCCACGAUGGAGACGCAGAGAACGACUGUGGAAUACAACAGUACUUCGACCGGUAAUUCUGUAAAUUACUCAACUUAUAUUCUCUAAUGGCCAUUUCAGAAUCUUCAAAUGUCACAACUGUUGACUUGAAAACUUUGCUACAAACCACUGGAAAGUCGUUGACAAACGUACAAAUCAGGAACUCAACUAGUGGAUCCAGAAGACCUAGAACCAUCAAUACAGUUGACCCAAAUGAAACACUGAAGACGUUCGCCACGAGAAAUCGCAAUGAAACCACGUCAUCACUCACUCUUCCCGCCUCUUUCAAUUCCACUUCAGCUGCCCGAAAAAUUACGCUGGAAGAGCUGAGGACCACGAGAGUGAGUCAUCCUUCUUUCAGAAGUGGCACACUAGAAUUCCCUGUUUUCUAGGAUACGAUGCCAAAGAUCACGACUGCCGAACCGAGUUCUCUGACCACGUCACUCACGAAAACAGUGAUUCAGGGAACGUGCUUCGACGAGUACACCUACUGCCGGGAGUUCACUUCCCUCUGCUCGCAUCCUGCAUUCUCUGAAGUCAUGGCUUCUCACUGCUCUCUGACUUGUGACAGAUGUGAUGAAGUGGAGAGGAUUGAAGAAGGAAGAGGUAGCGGAUAGAAGGAUCGCAUCAGAAGUUGAGAACAGUCCCAAUUUCAGAAGACUGUGAGGACAUCACUCCGGAUUGCAGCAGCUACAGAGAUCUUUGCCAGCACUCUCGCUACAAGACUCUCAUGGAGAACUACUGUCCGAAGGCGUGUGGACAUUGUGUUCCGAUGUGCAGAGACCGCCAUCAGAAGUGAGUUUAUCUUAAUCUCUUUCCUUUUCUUAUAUUCCAACCAAUUUCAGUUGCCCACAAUUCCACGACGACGGUUUCUGCAACGACACAAUGUACACUUACGAGGAGAGAAAAUACCUGUGCGGUGCCACGUGUCUCCUCUGUUAA